UUUGUGGUAUAUUUAAUAAUAAUUAUCCGAUACUAUGAUUAUUAUUUAAAUUUAUAAAAUUAAAAUAAUGGAGUAUAAAAGAAUUCAAAAACUACUUUUGACCGAGUAUGAAGACUUUACAGACAAAGUUUUAGUUGAAUCACCAUUUGCCCAAACUACAAGAGACGGUGAUGGACUGCGACAAGUCGCUUUAGGAUUAACGUCAUCAAAAUUUAUAAUUGCUUCUGAUAUUAUGAGAGUUAAUUCUGAAUUUAUUUGCCCGCCUGAAUUAGAUUCCAGCAUUGAAUCAUUUGAAUUAGUUUCUAUUUAUCCACUAAAUUAUAUUACUUUAAGUAUUUAUCGUCGCAGACGAAGAAAAACAUUGAAAGCAAGAUUUAUUGAUGGACAUAUAAAUUAUUACGAACUCAGUGGUAUGGAUAAAAAAAAAGUUUACUGGAAUUUAUGGUGUAAACAAGUAAGAAUAUUAUUAUCACACAAAGAAAAUGCAAGUUCAUUAUCAGAACCAACAGCUGCAAGUUCAACAAGCGUUAGUACUCUUUACGUUUCAUCAUCAUCAUCAUCAUCAUUGUCAUCAUCAUCAUCAUCAGCUCAUUCACCACUUGAUAAUAGAAUUUUAAGACUUGGAAUGGAUAUAAAAAAUAACGCGUGUCAGGUAUGGACACACUACGGUGGUGCAGGUGAUGGACAUUCACCCCAAUGGCAUAAAAAAGAUUUAUAUUUAGGGCCUUCUUACAAUGAGCUCAGUUAUGGAUAUUAUACUCCAAUUAUGAACAAAAUUACUGAAACAAAUUUCAGCAGAAACGAAUUAAAUUCGUCGAGGGAUUUAAUACUGAAAACAUCAAAUAACUCAUGGCCCACUAAAACAAAACAUAAAAAUUCAAAUAAAUUAAUAAAAUCAUUACACUAUAAUGACUUGAGUAGUAAACGUAAAGUAAGAAUGAAAAGAAAGGAUACAGAUAAAAUUGCUAAAAAAUUAUCACGAGAGUCAUCAAAUAAUUCAAGUAAAACAUUAGUAUCAAAAUUAUCACGAUUUAAAUUUGGAAUUGACGAAAAAUGUAUUGCUAAUUUACAUCUCGAGCCACAUUACGGUAAUCCACAUCACAUGGUAAGAGUUAAACCAGCUUAUACGCUAAUGAAUCCAUACAAAUUAAUGGAGAGCGGUGUAAUUAUUUGGGAAAAAAAUAGUUAUGAAAAAAAAAAAUUACGAAGAUGGGGAUUGGUACCAACAGCGCAUUUUCUUUAUGCACUAGGCCCUUGGCCAGUUACACCAGGUGACAGAAUAUCACUUCAACGUAAAAGAUCUUCAAGUGCUGUCGCAAUACGUCGGCAUGGUAAUUUAGGGGUUGAUUUAAAAUUAAAUGUGUCAAAAAAACAAUUAGUAUCUUCUGUUUCUUUGAGCUCACUAACGACAGGAUUUUCUCCAGUUAAAAUUACAAAUAAUAAUAAUAAUAAUAAUAAUAAACAUUUUAUAUUAUUUUGGACACCCGAUUACUGGUAUCGGCCAAGGUCAGCAAUUUCUUCCUAUCGUGAAUUACAUAAACAUUUAAAUAAUUUACGUGAUUAUCAAUCGACGAAAAAAAAAUCAUCUAAAAUUUUUUUUUUACGUAAAAAUAGUAUUAGCAAUAGUUUUGAUCAAAUAAAAACAUGUGAUAAAACAAAUUGUAUAAUAAACAAAAUAUUUUCAAUGAAAGAUAUAAAAAAUACUAGUAAUUUUUAUAAUAAUCACGAUAAUUCAAUAAAUCAAUUACGUAAAUUAUUAAAAUUGAAUUUAAAAAUAACAGCAUGGGAUUUAAAUAGUACGACAAUAGCCCAACAAUUAACAUUAAUUGACCGUGAUUUAUUUUUACGAAUUUCACUUACGGAAAUGGAGAUACUAAUUAUAAAAAAAUUAUCAAAAAAUACACCAAAUGUACGUGGUUGGAUUGCAUUUAGUCAUCGAAUAUCUUGUUUGGUAACAAGUGAAAUAUUAUCAAUUCAAAAAUUAAAUAUGAGAGCAAGAAUAUUGACACGAUUUAUUAAUGCGGCUUACAAAUGUUACUUUAUGGGUAAUUUCCAAUCGUGCCGUUCAAUUUUAGCAGGAUUACAAUCGCCACCAAUUUAUAGAUUGAAAAAUACGUGGUCACGUUUAAAAACUCAUCAUUCAACUGCUUACGACAUUAUGUCAAAAUUGAGUAAAAUUUUUAAAAAUGUUAAAGCUAAAAUUUAUGAAAGAGCUUGGAGCAAAGCUGAGCAUUCUCCUCAAUUUAUGCCUUACAUUGGUGAUAUUUUAGUAAGAGUACUAAAAAUAAAUAAUUAUGAGUCUCUUGAUAGUUGUAAUCAUGAUGAUGAUUUAAAUGAAACUAACAUAAAAAUAAAAAGUAAUAAAAUUAUAAAUUGGGAUGGUGGUUCUACUUUUAUAACCGAAAAACCCCAAGCUCUUAAUACAAAUAUAAAUUUAAAAUACUUGGAGCCAUUUGUCAUUAGUAAGGAUAAAAUAAAAAGUGAAAAAAAAAAUAUUGUUAACAAAAUAUUAAAUAGUUUUAUAAAAACCAAGAAUUUAAGUUGUGUGGAAGAGAAGAAAGAUGAAUUUUUUAUUUUAGUUAGACAAUUAUUGUUGGCACGUAGAUAUUUUAAUCGCUGGCAAACGGCUGUUAUCACGGCUAAAAUAAUUGCUCAAGACCAACAAAAACGUAAUUUACGUUUUGCUCAUAAAAAAAAUAUAAAUAAACUUUUAAUAUGGUUUGAAGAUUGUCAAAAACACGCUCAAAAUUACGAUUACUCUGGACAUUCAUUCGCCUGGGAAUUUUUAUUGAAAGCAAGAUAUCGUGAAGACAGAGAAAAUUUUUCCAUCAGUAAAAUAUUAGAACCUUCAUUAGAUAAAUAAAUAUUUAAAUUAGUUUUUAUAUAUUUUAUACUUAUUUUUUGACUAAUUUAUAUUUUUACUUAAAAUAUAUAAAACAUUGUUUUCAAUUACCUCACGAAAUUUAUUUUUU